AUGGAAUUAUUUUAUAUGCUACCAUAUCAACGUAGAAAAAAUAAUUGGUUUCCUGAGCUUAUUUUUGACAACCUUUAUGAUAUAGUUACUAAAAUACAAGAUAAUAAUUGGAAUAAGACUAUCAAGAAACUAUUCCUUUCUAAUUCAUUAUUAAAAAUUAUUCACAUAGGCAAAACAGAAACAGAGAAUAAAACAAUUGAUGAAAAAAUUCAACAAUUAACAGAUAAUGAAAAUAAAAUAAUCCAAAAAUUGGAUGAUAGUGAAAAGAUAAUUCAAGAGCUAAAAAAAAUUUUAUUGAAAGAGGUAGAUUAA